AUGCCAGAUUCACAGCCGUCGGCGCGGUCUUCCCGCGUCGAUCUCCUCCUACGCCCUGUCGAGCGACCGGUCGGCUACUUGAAGCGCGCCGCCGUGGCGACCUCGUACCCCCUACGCGGCAUUUGGUAUUUCCUACGAAACAAGGAAUUCUGGCCUCUUUUCCUCAGCAGAUUGUUGCCUCUUUCUAUCAUCUCUUUCCUCGUCUAUUUCAUUCUCUUCACAUUCGCAUUUCUCCCGCAAUUCGCCUUCCUGGCGAUCUUCCACGGAUGGGGCGCGUGGGUCAACGCCGUGGUGCUGGUCCUUGGAGAGGGUCUGGUGGUGAUCCAGGGUCUUUUUGAGGGCUUCUUCGUCGAUGAAUGCCGGGUGGACGCCACCCUGAUCAAGGAGUCGCAUACCGAUCUCGUCGCCCCGCACCGAAUCCUCUUUCCCGAUGCCCCGACCGCCGUCAAGAUGCUGGGCAAGCCUACCAGCUCGGCCAUCUAUACUCCGUGGAGCAUGAUACAGAUCGUCGAGCUGGUCGUCUUUCUUCCGCUCAACUUUGUGCCCGUGGUCGGAACACCGGCGUUCAUCAUCAUCACGGGCACACGGUUGGGCAAGUUGGCGCACUACAGAUGGUUCCAGCUUCGGGGUUUGAGCAAGAAGGAGAGCAAGAGGGAGAUACGGGCGAGGACGUGGGAAUACGUCUGGUUCGGCACGGCGGCCAUGAUCCUAGAGCUGGUUCCUGUGCUGUCGUUCUUCUUUCUCCUGACCACGUCGGCUGGGUCCGCGCUCUGGGCGGCGAGGAUGGAGGACGAGAAGAGGAGGCAGGCCGUGGAGAGCUUGGUGGGAGAGCCUCUGCCGCCGCCGCCUCCCUACGAAGAUGACCCAGUUUAG